AUGACACGUGCAACACGUCAACAAGCAAAGGAGGAGGAACAGGCGGGAAGCCGCGCGACAAGGAGGCUGUCUCAACAGAUCGAUAAGGAGGGUGGUGGCGGCGCUAAAAAAACUAAUGCGUCCGUCGCGCGUGGCAUUGGGCCCAAAAAGGUGGCGGCAAAAAAGGCCGCGCUUGGUCAAGAGAAGUCUGGCAAGAAGGCGCAAGACAAGGGGAAGCAACCAACGCCACGCAAGCGUGUUUCUACAGUGAACAAAGAUGUGGAUGUUGCCUCUACUGGAACCGAGCCCAGUCCGACUAACGAAGGUACCAGUGGCGGCAAAGAAGAUCCGGGGCGAGGGAGCGUGAGUCUUGCAGUCCCGUCGGCGGAGAGAGAGGGAUCAACGACAUGGGGAAACCACGGAGACGAUCCCCGCGCCGAGCAGGCCGCAACCCAAGAGUCUGAGGCGGAGGCAUCGCAACACCAUCUGACGCUGCUCCCGCCGACCGUGGUCGAAAUGUUUGCUGCCGUGCUGGAUAAGGACAAGGCGGGGGAGCACGAUUCGAUGGAGGAUCCUAAACACAGCAUUGCUGACGUCGGUGGCUCUCCUCCAUCUGGUGGACGUGGGAGGCGUAGGCAGAGGAAGAGCGAUGGGGAGGACGAUUAUGACACCGCAGUGCCCGGGGACAUCACCACGCGGGCGAAGAGGCGGCAGACGACAGGCAGUGUUGACGACGCCGGUGGCACGGAAGAGGAUGAAGAGGAGGAGGAGGAGGAGGAGGAGGAGGACGAGGAGGGGGGCGACGAAGAUGAGGAGGAGGAGGAGGAGGAGGAGGAGGAGGAGGAGGAGGAGGAGGAUGAGGAGGAGGAGGAUGAGGAUGAGGAGGAGGAGGAGGAGGAGGAGGAGGAGGAGGAGGAGGAGGAGGGGGACGAUGAGGAGGAGGAUGAGGAGGAUGAGGAGGAGGAGGAGGAGGAGGAGGAGGAGGAUGAGGCGGGAGUGAAGGGACGGAGAGGGCGAGCGUGA